CUCCGGAAAGGGGGGGGGGGCACGUUGGGGCUCGGUGCCCCCGGUGUAUCCCGGUCUCCGGGCAUGGCAUGGCCGCGGAAGGGGGGGGGGGGGGGGGGGGGCGGCUGCUCCCCGGGCCGGGCUCGGACCCAAGUGGUCAACGUGGCUGGAACAAAACAGCAAAUCCCACCCAGCCCCUCUUCAAACAAACAACCCGCGGCUCGCAGGGCUGCGCAGAAUGCGAGCCUGACAGUAGCGGUUUAUUAAGGCUGUAGGCUGUUUAAGGAGGGAGGGGGGGACACCGAUUUGGAUUUGUUUCCUUUCAGUAAUUACUGAGGGAUAGAAAACACAUGUGUUGGGCUUGCAUUUUUUUGAAGCCUUUUUCUAAAUCAGUUCAUCAAUUCGCUAAUUAUAGCUGGGAGGGGGGAGGAAAUCUCCCGACACAUAUUUUUUCUUUCUCCCCCCCCCCCCCCCGCCCCCCCCGUCCCUCUCCCUUCCCUCUCGCCCUCUCUGUGUGAACAUCAGAGUGGGGAGAAGGGGGAAAAAAAGGGGGGAAUAUGGCUUAUGAGUGGUGAAUGUUAUUUCAGAUUUCUAUGGGCGCUUUUCUUUUCUGGGAACAAAGAGCAACUCCUAUUAAAGAGCUACUCGAAGACUUGUACAUAUUUCUACUGCUGUGUAGCACUUUUAAUAAAACAUCUGUUCUUGCUUCUGCUGAUGAGUUUACAUAAUUGUUUGCAGACCAAUUUAACCAGAAAGCGCCCCACAUAUUCCCUGUACAUGUUUUCAUGGGGGAAAAAAUAAAUACCUUUUUGGUAGUGACAUAUCUUGAUGAAAUACUUUCGAGAAAUCCCCAAACUGCUAGAAAAUAUCAAUGGGAAAAAAAUAUCCAGUGCAUUCAAAACGUGAGACUGAGGAAUUGCAGUGAGCAAAACAUACUUUAAUGAUGCCUCAUUUGUAUUUGCAGAAGCUUUUUGGGGUGGCUGUGCAUUUUUUUUUCUUCCUACCCUCUCCUCUCUGUGUCUCUCUUUUCUACCCAGAAACCUGAUUUUUAACGUGGGGAGAGGAUUCUAUUUUAAGUUUCUUUACGGCAGCUGGUUUCUGUUCACUAUAAAUCGACCAGACUUUUAAGACUUGCCCUCUGUUUAGAGAAGUAAUAAAACACUUAACUUUCUCGACUCCUAGUCACACGGUUAUCACACAGGUCUCGGAUACAACAGCCCCCGAGCACCUAUACAAAAAAAAAAAAAAAAAAAAAGUGGGGGAGAAGCAAAAUCAAAAAGCAAAUAAAAGAAUAAUAAUAAUUUAAAAAAGCAGCCCAGAGGGUGUCCUUCCAGCACCAGACUUUCCUCCAAACUUUGGCAAGGAUGGCGUCAUUAUAAAUGCCCUUCCAUAGGUGAAACUCCCCACGUGAAUCUGCCCUAGCAAAGGUCCAACCCAUAAAGCUGGAGCUACUUUUAAUUUACUCGCCAAAUUACAUUGGGCUGUAAGCAAUACAUAAGCUCCAGCCGAGGACCUUAUGACUAUGGAUCUAAUGCUUUUUACCAAGAAAAAGACAUGCUUUCUAGCUGCAGGCAAAAUUCUAUGGGACAUAAUACACAGACAUCAAUCGCACAGGAUUUUACCAGUGACCAAAACAGGAACACUUCGCAAGAACAAAAAACUAGCAUUCAAAUAUACCCAUGGAUGCAGCGUAUGAACUCCCACAGUGGAGUGGGCUACGGGGCCGACCGCCGGCGGGGCCGCCAGAUUUAUUCCCGUUACCAGACGCUGGAGCUGGAGAAGGAAUUUCACUUCAACCGCUACCUGACGCGGCGGCGGCGCAUCGAGAUCGCCAACGCGCUCUGCCUGACGGAGCGGCAGAUCAAAAUCUGGUUCCAGAACCGGCGGAUGAAGUGGAAAAAGGAGAGCAACUUGAGCUCGACCCUCUCCGGGGCGGGCGGUGGGGCAGCCGCAGCCGCCGCCGAUAGCUUGGCCAAGGAGGAGAAGCGAGAAGAGACAGAGGAGGAGAAGCAGAAGGAGUGA